AAAAAAUCCUCACCCCUCUAAAAAUUAAAAAUGUCUUCUUCAACUUUUUGCUUUUUAAUUGUAGCUGCUUUAAUUGCACAAAUUGUGGUUUCUGCACCUGUUGCUGAUAAGACAGUGCAAAAGAGACAUGCUGUACCUGCUUAUUAUUAUCCUUAUUAUUAUGCUCCGGCCGCCCCAGCAAGCUCCAGCUUCGUUUCUGGAGGUGGUGGAAGUGGAGGAGGAGGAAUCCAAAGUGUAAUAGGAGGAGGAUAUGGACUUCCUGGAUCAUCCUUUGUUGCUGGAGGAGGUGGAUAUGGAGGUGGUGGAAUCCAAAGUGUUAUUGGAGGACGUUAAUAAUCUAAUAUAAAUUACGCUAUAAAUACAUUUUGUAUGUACAUCUUUAUACAUUAA